AUAAUGGUGACACGACGACAGACAGGCGAAAGUGAGCAACAGAUAGAAAUCUGAUAAGAAUUAUCCCAGCCAGGCCGGAUUUGUUUUCAUCUGCCAUCUGACCGACCACAAACCUGACCAUGAGCAACGCCAUCGAUGAACUGCAGGCCAUCAUUGCCGAGCUAAAGACAGAGGUGGAGGAGCAGCGGGCCGUCAUCCGUCAGAGCCGCGAUCGCAUCGAACACAUGUCCGCGGAGGUGGUGGACUCCAAUCCCUACAGCCGCCUGAUGGCCCUGCAGCGCAUGAACAUUGUGAAGAACUACGAGCGCAUACGCGACAAAACAGUGGCCAUUGUGGGCGUGGGCGGUGUGGGCAGCGUCACAGCCGACAUGCUGACGCGUUGCGGCAUUGGCAAGCUAAUCCUGUUCGACUACGACAAGGUGGAGCUGGCCAACAUGAAUCGUUUGUUCUUCACGCCCGACCAGGCGGGCCUCUCCAAAGUGGAGGCUGCCGCCCGUACCCUGACCUUCAUCAAUCCGGAUGUGCGCAUCGAGACGCACAACUACAACAUUACGACCAUUGAGAACUUUGACAAUUUCCUCAACACAAUCACUGGCGGCGGCACUGUGGCCGGCCAGCCCGUCGAUCUGGUCCUCAGCUGUGUGGACAACUUUGAGGCACGAAUGGCCAUCAAUGCGGCAUGCAACGAGAAGUGCCUCUAUUGGUUCGAGUCAGGCGUCUCGGAGAAUGCCGUCUCCGGGCACAUACAGUUUCUACGGCCCGGCGAUACGGCCUGUUUCGCCUGCGCUCCACCUCUGGUGGUGGCCGAGAACAUUGACGAGAAGACACUGAAGCGGGAGGGUGUCUGUGCCGCCUCCCUGCCCACCACCAUGGGCAUCACAGCGGGCUUCCUCGUGCAGAAUGCUCUCAAGUAUUUGCUGAACUUCGGCGAAGUCUCCGACUAUCUCGGCUACAAUGCUUUGAACGACUUCUUUCCGAAGAUGACGCUGAAACCGAAUCCCCAGUGCGACGAUCGAAAUUGUCUGCUGCGACAGCAGGAGUUCCAGGCUAGGCCCAAGCCCGUGGUGAUCAAGGAAGAGCCAUCCACCGACGAUGAACCGCUGCACGCCAGCAACGAUUGGGGCAUUGAAUUGGUGGCCGAAGAUGCUCCCACUGAGCAGGAGCAGACCACUAGCACCGCUGUCGGCCAGGGUCUGCGUCUGGCCUAUGAGGCACCGGAAAAAACUAGAUCGGUGGCGGCACCAGCGCCAGUGGAUGACACCUCGCUGGAAGAUUUGAUGGCGCAAAUGAAGUCGAUGUAAACAAACAAACAAUUCCACUCUCCAUACUCUCUUAAUUUAAUGAUAGAAAUCAAAUUUUCACCAUUAUUUUUGUACG